ACAACACAGACCAAGAUGUUCAAAUUGGUGGUGUUGUGCGCUUUCCUCGCUGCGGCGGUGGCUGAACCCAGUGCGAUCCUCGCACCUCUAACCUACAGCACGAGUAUCUGGUCCCCUGCAAGAACGACUAUCACCAAUCAGGCCAGCAGUGUCAUCCAUCCGUCACCCAUCGUCUACUCCGCGCCAUGGGCUUACAACGCACCUUUGGCUCAUCUGAUCAAGAAACGUUCAGCUGUUCUUAGCCCCAUCAUCGCCCCAUCGACGUACAUCUCACACGCGGCUAUUCCUACUACUUACGCCGCAUCGCCUCUGGCCUACACUUCAUACGCUCCGUGGGCAACGACUUACGGAGCACCUAUCUACACCACCGCUGCGCAUUUGAUUAAGAAGAGGUCUGCAGUCUACGUGCCCACCACUUACUCUUACGCAGCACCCGCCGUUUACCGCACUCCGUUGUUGACCUCUACCUACACCGCGCCUAUCUAUUCUACCCCUAUUGUUGCGCCUGCCCCCAUUUCCUACACACACUUGAUCAAGAAGCGAUCUGCUGUUCCUUUGGCCGUGACAACUUACGCCGCUCCCGCUGCCUACUCUCACCAGUCUAGAGUAGACAUCAGCACCUCCCCAGCUGUAUCGACUUACUCGUACUCAAGCCCCAUCGCAUACGCCAGUCCUUUGGGUUUAACUCAUCUUUACUAAUUUAAGUGACAACUGGGUUCAGCAAUUUUUAUGUCAGAAAUUUCAAAAUUUGAUUUUCAUGCAAUAGUUGUUCAAUUGUACAUACAUGUUAGACCAAUGUAAAUAAAAUUAUGCACAAAAUAU